AAAGUCAAUAUAAAGGCAUGUAAGCUAUGCUUUGUAAAAAUCAUCAGAUCUGAAAAAUCAAAUUUCAUUUCCUCUUGCUCUCUCCUACUAUUUCCACCACCACCACCACCACCACCACCACCACCAAGACUUUCCACAAAAAUCAAUGGCAGAUUGGUCUCAGCUUCCUAAAGAACUUCUGCAAUUAAUAUCAGAAAAAUUGAAUAGUGAAUUCUACCUCACUCGCUUUCGUUCUGUCUGUUCCACGUGGAGAUUUUCCAUACUAAAACCAUACAACCAUUUCCCCUUGAAUCUUCCGCACUUCUUUGACUCCAAUAAUUCCGUUAUCCACAAACUCUGCAAACACAACAUCUUUCUCAUCAAACCACCCUCAACACCAAACCAACAAACUCCCCGCCCUUGGUUGGUCAGAAUCAGUCCAACUUCAACGGGGAAAUUUAACCUCUGGCAUCCCCUUUUGUUUCACCAUCGUAUACCAUUCAGCCUGCUUGACUUCAACCACCUCUCCGUCUUUGAUCUCGGACACAUUUAUGUUGAGGGAAUGUUUUAUCCAAAUUCAUCUACCACUGUAUAUCAACAUUAUGAUCGCGGUGUUGCCACGUUUCAAGGGGGACAGAUUCUGGAUAUUGUCGCACACAAGUACAUCGGGCAGCUGAUGAUGUUCCGUUGUGGGGACGAUGAUUGGACUAAGCUCCCCAAUGUGGCACAUUUCAACCAAGACAUUUGCAUUUUUAAAGGUCGGCCUUGUGUAACAUAUAGAACUGGUCGAACUUUGAUGAUUGGAUCAGAUUUGAGCGUUCAUUUGGUGGCUAAGCCGAUGCUUCGUGCCGAUGGAUGUGGCACUGUUAGCAUUAUAGUGGAAAAUGAGUCUGAGUUGUUGCUAGUUCACAAAUAUAAAGAUCAUUAUGAUCGUGAUGAUUACGAUGACGAUGAUUAUGAUGAUGAUGAUGAUGAUGAUGAUGAUGAUGUUCAUAAUGAUGAUGAGAUUGUCAGGAUUGAUGUAUUUAGGCUUGAUCAAAAAGAGAAAAAGCGGUUGAAGCUGGCAAAUUUAGGGGAUAGGGUUUUGUUUUUGGGGCAAGGCUAUUCGUUCAUUGCUUCUGCGCUGGAUUUGGGUUUUGACAAUGGGAAUUUUGUGAUUUAUUGUAAUGAUAAUUUUGAUGCAGCGAGUGAAAUGAGUAUUUUUCACUUCGACCAACAACGAAAUUCACUUUUUUCUGAUUAUCCACAUUACUUCAAGUUGGUCUGGCCACCUCCGGAGUGGAUCACCAGUAGAUGUUUGUAAGAGACUAUUUCUUUUCUGACUUAGGAACUACUUAACUCACUCUUGAAGUUUAAUUCAAAUUAGGGUGUACUACUUAUGAGAUUUAAUCUUUGAACGCAGUGGUAUGGUUUUUGGCAGCAUACUUUCUGUCAAUACCAGUAAGUUACAAAAUAAUCUAGUUAAACAUGCUAUAGAAAAAAUGUAGCACAAAUAAAUGGCUAAUUUGGUUCUUCCUAAUUCUUGAAAGAUAUACUUAAAUAUGGUUGUAGUUCAGACAAUUAUUCUAUUUGUUGUCUCUAACUUUUAUUAUGGGAUAUACGUUCAAUUAUACAUCCUCAGUUUUUUUACUGUAUCCACUUGUCAAUCUUUAGAAUAACUUCAACUCUAAGACUAAGUUGCAGUGUUAUCAAAUUCAAAUAGCGGCACAAUGGCCACUAUGGCAGAUAUACAUGGCGGAGUUUUGGACUUGUCGCAAUGGUAAAUAUUGGUCGAUAUUGGGGUUUUUCUGCUAUAACAGUGCAGCAAAGCAACCAGUAUGGUCGGAUUUUUUGGCGCUCCGCCAUCUGCCAUACACAACACUGCUGAGUUGAAUAGAGAUCAAUUCAAAUGAUAUAUUGGUAAUUCGGUGGCAAACAUGUUGUCACUCUAUUUGCAAUGAAAGGUCUUCCUACAUACAUCUACCUCUUUCUUUCUCUCUGAUGUAAAACUUCUGUACCAUUACAUGUGAUUUGUCAUCACAUGUUUUAUAUCUUGGUUGGACAAUAGAAGAACCAUUGUGAAGCUUUCUUUCCUUUCUAAAAAGUGAUUUUUUUAAUUCUAAUCUGUCUUUAGCUUGUGUUUGAAGAAGAGUACUUAGCCAUGGAAGGAGAGAGUUGAUGUUUGCAGCUGUUGCUGUUUGUUCUGUUGCUGGUGUUGCAAUGGCAGAUGAAGAUGAACCUAAAAGAGGUACCCCAGAAGCCAAGAAAAAGUAUGCCCCUGUUUGUGUCACUAA